AUGGGAUCAAGGAGCCAGUCCGAAGAUCAGUCGACGUGGGAUCCGAAUUACUCCCCGCCAAAUACUGUGGACUUUGCCACUCAGGAAGUCUUAGCUACUCUUGCUGCAGCAGCUGAGGUUGAUGAUCAGAUUGCUUCUCAGGAAGCUGGUGUAACUCGUGCUGAUGGGAAGCAGCAAGAAAGCAGAAAAAGGCUUAUCAGUCUUGUCGAUGAUACUGAUGAUUCUGAUGUUGAAAUCAGUCAACCAAUCCAAAAAACCAAGCCUCACAGACAGACCAGUUUCGGAACAGCCACGGGGAAACCCAUGUUGCAAUUCACUAUAGAUGGUGGCGUUGGCUCGUCUGGACAGGUGUAUAGUAAAGGGAAGUCUGUUCCUAUGAAGUCUGUGAUUCGUGGAGGGAGAAGAAAGUCGCCUACUAAGUCCAAAAUGAAGAAGGUUUCGCCUACUCAGUCGCAAAAGAAGAAGGAGAAGGUCGCAGAGGACAUACCCGAGCUUGGUGAUGAACUGGAUGAAGAAGAGUUUGAUGAGGAUGAAAUCGGUGAAGAGGAAAGGGAAGAGAGACAAAAAUCAGAUGUCUGGAAAGAUUUCAAGGUGGUCAAAAAACCCAAUGGAAAGUUGAAAGCUGCAUGCAAUCAUUGCAAACCGAGAGCAGAUGUGUAUAGACUAUAUGAAAGCGAGAGAGACACACUCAAGAGGGAAUUAGCGACUCUCCCUGGACGAGUCUCCUUCACGUCUGACUUGAGGACAUCCGUGAAACGGGAAGGAUACAUGUGUGUGACAGCACAUUACAUUGAUCGGAAUUGGAAGUUGAACAGCAAGAUCCUGACGUUUUGUGCUCUACCACCACCACAUACCGCUCACAUACUUAAUCUCAUAGUGCAAGAUGGGUUGAAGGUUAUUGGAGAAUCUUCGCAGAAAGUAAGAGAGAGGGUUAAGUAUGUAUUAGGAUCGGAAACACGUGAACAAUUGUUCCAAAAAUGUGUGGAUGCUGCGGGUGUAGUAGAAAGUGGGUGGCUGAUACUGGACGUGUCGACGAGAUGGAACUCAACUUACUAUAUGCUUGAAAGAGCUCUCAAAUACCGUAAAGCAUUUGUUAAGUUGGAGACAUUUGAUAAGAAGGGUUAUAAAACAGCGCCCACAGAUGAGGAAUGGACUAGAGCCGCUAAUAUCUGCGAUUUUUUGGGUCAUUUUGCUGUGAUCACAAGCUUGAUGUCUGGUUCGAAUUACCCGACUGCAAACCUGUAUUUCUAUCAGGUUUGGUUGAUCCAUGAUUGGCUUCGGAGAAAUGAGGAAAGCGCAGAUGAGAUUGUCAGAUACAUGGUGCCACCGAUGAAGGAGAAGUUUGACAAAUAUUGGGAUGAAGUUAGUGGUGUUUUUGCAAUGGCAGCAGUCUUUGAUUCACGGUUUAAGCUUUCAAUUGUUAAAUGUUGUUUAGGGAAGCUUGACAUAAGUACACGUGAUGCAAAGGUGAAGAACUUGCGUGAGAAGCUCAGUAUUCUGUUUGAGACAUACGACAAAAACUCCAAGAAUAACUCACCUUCCACUGAGCCACGUGACACUGUUCCGCAAAAAGCUUGUGCGGCAGGAUCAAUGGGACUGUUUGGGAACUACAAUGAUUUCUUUGCAUUUCGCAAAGUCAGUGGAAUUGUUAGUGGAAAGACACCUCUAGAAGCUUAUCUUGAAGAACCACCUUUGGACAUUACUAAUUUCCAGAGCUUGGACAUCCUCGAUUGGUGGAAAGAUAAUGCGCAUCGGUAUGGUGACUUGGCUGCAAUGGCAUGUGAUCUGCUAAGUAUUCCAAUCACAACAGUGGCUUCGGAGUCCUCCUUCAGUAUUGGAUCGCGAGUUCUAAAUAAAUAUAGGAGUCGUCUACUCCCAGAAAAUGUGCAAGCUCUGAUAUGCACUAGGAAUUGGAUCAAAGGAUAUGAAUCUUACGCACAUGAUGAAGAAAUCGAUGGUGAUGGAGAAGAAGAGAAAUUACCAACAUUUGAGUCCAUUGUUGAUGGGGAAGAUGAAGAUGAGUAGAUGAGCAAGUUUGAAAUGUUAUCUUGAUUUGGUGUUUUGCUUCAAUUACAAUUUCAGAUUUCUUGUUUAAGUUGCAUGAUUUUUGGUUUUGAAUACUAUGAUUUGGACCAUUUGGUGUUUCUCUAAAUUUUACUUUUGUUGAGACUUAAUUUUUUAUACUCACGAUCAAACAAC